AUGCGUCGCGAACCCAAGUCCUCAAGCCGCGGGAAGGUGCCCGAAUUUCAAACAUGGCUAAACCAACUACAACUAGAAGACGAAUGGCGCCAAAAGGAGUUAGAAUACACCAACGAAAUCGUGCCCACGCCCGAGAAAUUCGCCCACAAGCUGUACGUCCGAGGCCACAAUGCGAAACUCACGACCUUGGUCGUGGCACUUUGCAAUCUGACUGGCUGGUCGGCGGACUCGAUCUCGUUGAAGCUCAGACAGAAUUGCAACGUCAACCUCCAUGCACCCCAGGUGUGGGAUUUCAACCACUCGUUCAUGACGGCGCGGGACAAAGAUGAUUUCAAUAAUGGAGAAAUCAAAUUGAUGCAGGAUAUGGCGAGAAAAGCUGGGGUUUAUUCUAGGAUGCUUGCGAGAGGUAGAGGGGCUAUACCAAUGGGUGAGACGGUUCGUCCAGUGGCUAACCCCUUUUCUUCACGCUGGAGUAGUGACCUGAACGAGGAAUCUAUAUUCACUAAACUUCUUGAUGGCUACUCGAUGCGCGAACGGAACGCGCUUAUGAGGGAGAUGUCGGAGCUUGGACUUGAUGAUUUCCACACCGGCCUGUUCGCACUUGAAGAAGGAGCGGUAGCGAGAAUUGGGCAGCGGCCUGCAGUUAUUCUCCGGGGUCUCAUCAGACUGUGGAUGACAGAGGUACUAGCCUCUGUUCGUAGUCUGCCAGCGCGCGGCCAGCUUGACGUUGACCAGCACUCGCGACGCGGCGAGGAAUACAUCCGCAAAUUCGUCGGCCGGCUCGAGGAUCUGUUCGGAAGUCUCGCGUUCGCUGGUACACCCGUUGGCGGUGACGGCCUCGUCAAGAUCUUGCUGUUCGGCGACGGUUGUCAGAUCCUUAUGGACUGUAUGAUCAACGAUCGUUUGCGGGUCCUCGCACAUCUUCGACACAUGCAGAUUCUCGACGAGGUAGCUAGUACGCCUAACCCUCAUUUGACGAGACUUCGUGUCAAAAACCUCGCUGAAGACGAUGAAUGCCCUAUUUGUCGAGAAGAGAUCGGCGAGCUUGAUAGCUUCGCGAUUCGCUUGGACACGUCUAUGUUUGGAAAGGUCAAUCGGAUGUUCUUGUACGCUUAG